AUGAUGCCAAGUUGGCAGGCUGCCACCCCCCAAACAGCAGGCCACCCUUCGACAACUACUACGACGAUGAGCUACGCCUACCCAAAUAAGCCUGCGUUCAUCCCCGUGCAGGUCCAGCAUGGCUUUGGUCAGCAAGCUUCGCAGCCUGUGGCACACUACGGCUACAUCCCCCCACCACCCUCACAAAUAGCACAACAUUCGCAGCCAGCACCGGCCCAGGCUCCUUCAAGCGCGCAGAACCCCCCGCAACAGCAGAAGAUUGAUUGGCCGGACUCGGUCCGCUCAUACGUCCAGAGAACCUUUUUUGAACGAAAUCAUGAUUCUACCAUUGCGAAACCUGAGCUCGAAGCCAAGCUCAAGGAAGUCAUCACUCAUGCCAAAGACAACGGCCAGCUCUACACCUUAAACUGGGAUAACAUGCCCCUCCCCCAAGCCUUAAUAAGAGACCAGCGCGAGGUGGAGCUAAGGCGGCAGACGAGUAUUGUAUCCCCAUCCACCAAUGCUGCAUCUCCCCCCUCGAUAUCUGUUUUGCCCGACACAACUUCGAAGAAACGCAAGUCAUCGGACGCGCUUGUUGACACCCGUUCCUCACCACCCCCGCCCUGGCGAUCUACUAACCAGUCCCGAAAUGCCUUGGAGGACCGCGUAUCUUUUCGGGCUCCAGAGAAGCGCCCCAGCCUGGAUGAGCCCCUUUCCAAAUCUAGUAAGUUUCAGAAGCAACAAGAGAAGCGCCUCCGUCGCUUCGAAGGCGGCUACAAAUCGACCUAUCGAAGCCCAAGCCCGCCUCCUUCGGAUGGUCCUGUUGUUGGAACCUGUCAGGACCUGGAGAAGCGGUAUCUCCGUCUAACGGCUCCGCCCGUGGCGUCCAAAGUUCGACCAGAGUACAUCCUUCGACAAACUUUGGAUCUUCUCAAGAAGAAGUGGAGGAAGGAAAGCAACUACUCGUAUAUUUGCGAUCAGUUCAAGUCGAUGCGCCAGGACCUGACAGUUCAACGGAUCAAGAAUGAGUUCACUGUUUCGGUUUAUGAGAUCCACGCCCGGAUAGCCUUGGAAAAGGGGGACCUCGGUGAGUAUAAUCAGUGCCAGACACAGCUGAGAUGGCUGUAUCAGCUUGGCCUGAAGGGAAACCCCAUCGAGUUCAAGGCGUAUCGUAUCUUGUAUUUUAUCCACACCGCGAAUCGCACUGGCCUCAUUGAGGCCAUCGCAGAUCUAACCCCAGCAGAGAAAAAGGAGCCGCCCAUCAAGCAUGCUCUUGAAGUCCGUUCCGCCCUUGUACUUGGAAAUUAUCACAGAUUUUUCCAGCUGUACCUGGACACUCCAAACAUGGGAGCAUACCUUAUGGAUAUGUUCGUCGUGCGCGAGCGUCUUAGCGCUCUGUGCAAUAUUUGCAAAUCAUAUAAACCUGAUGUGAAGUUAAGAUUUAUCACCGAGGAGUUGGGUUUUGAGUCCGACGCAGACGCCGCCCAGUUUAUUGUUGACCACAAUGGCCAACAUCUACUGGAGGAGCGAGGUGAAUCGAUCGUGUUCCUUUCCGGAAAGGCCGGAGGGCUCUUCGAAGGCCCGAAGGCUGCCGCUUUCCAAAGAGUAGAUAUCAAGGGCCAAAUCUGA